UGGAUGCCUGACCCUGGCAAGGGCCCCACAGGAAAAAGGUGGGGAGCCUGAGCCUUCGAUAUCCCCCCAGCAGCUAUUUAAAGGGGCAGCUGGCCCAGCAGUAGGCAGCAGGCACCAUGGCACCAAAGACACUGCCGCUGUUGCUGCUGCUGCUGGUGGUGGUCUGGCCUCUGGCAGUACAGCCUGCGCCCCCCACCUGCUACUCCCGAAUGCUGACCCUGAGCCGUGAGAUCAUGGCGGACUUCCAGAGUCUGCAGGCUUCAGAGCCUGAGGAUUCGUGUGUGAGGUACUUGCCCCGGCUUUACCUGGAUAUCCAUAAUUACUGUGUGCUGGCCAAGCUGCGAGAUUUUGUGGCUUCUCCUCAGUGCUGGAAAAUGGCCGAAGUGGACACUCUGAAGGACAGAGUGCGGAAGCUGUAUACCAUCAUGAACUCCUUCUGCAGGCGGGACUUGGUAUUCCUCUCAGAUGACUGCAGUGCCUUGGAAUACCCAAUCGCCGAGGUCACUGGUCCUCCAGACUGGCAGAGCUAAGCAGGUGGACCAGAAGAACGACCCAGAGGUCUGAAGUUGGGCCAGUGUCCAAACACAGCCAUGUUCACCCCACCUUCUCAGGUCUCCUUUUAGUGCAGCUAUUAGCCUGCCACGAAUAUCUCUAGCUUCUGAAACACUAGUGAGGAUCCUAUCUGAGCAUGCUUUGUGCACAGCUUGGAAGCUCAGCUCCUAGGUGCCUUGUUGGAGUAUAAGAGGUACAAAGAAGAAAGUGCACACUGGCUUCUCUUUGGGGAACAAGCACCUUGGGAAUAGCAAGUCCCAUGCCUUUAUGCCUGCUUUAAUGAAAUAAUGGGACCAUUCUUCUUUCUGGUCUCUGCUUACACCCAAAGGGGCUUCAACUUUAUACUUCCUUCCUGUGCAAGCUUUCCUUCCUUUCUUUCAUUUUAAAGUAUCUUUACUGCUUUUGCAAUGUAGUUACAAGGCUUUUAUGAACGAGCCACCCUUUAACUGAAGGGUGAUGGAAAACAAAUAAACCUCUAUUGUGAGAA